AGCUGGAUUGCCUCAGGCUGAGCUUCUCCCAUGGCUCCUGCAGGUUUCCCAGCCUCCCUUCCUCUGUGUGUGUGUCUGCUGCUGGCCUCUGGCUUUGCCCAGGCAGGCAGGCUGCUGGUGGUGCCCAUGGACGGGAGCCACUGGUUCACCAUGCGGUCGGUUGUGGAGAAGCUCAUCCACAGAGGGCAUGAGGUGGUGGCAGCCGUGCCAGAAGCGAGUUGGCAACUGGGAAAAUCCCUGAAUAUUACAGUGAAGACAUACUCAAUUUCUCACACCCUAGAGGAUUUAAACCGGGAGUUCAAGUAUUUUUCUGAUACUCAAUGGAAAACUCCAGAACAAAGUAUGCUUUCUUUAAUGACAGGCUCAGCCAAAGGUUUUUUUGAAUUAAUAUUUUCAAACUGUAGGAGUUUGUUUAAGGACAAGAAGUUAGUGGAGUACUUGAAGCAGAGUUCUUUUGAUGCUGUCCUUCUGGAUCCUUUCGAUGUGUGUGGCUUGACUGUUGCCAAGUACUUGUCGCUCCCGUCUGUGGUAUUUGCAAGAGGUAUGUUUUGCCACUAUCUUGAAGAGGGCACUCAGUGCCCCAGACCCCUCUCUUACGUUCCCAGAAUUCUCUUGAAAUACACAGACACCAUGACUUUUAUGGAGAGAGUGUGGAACCACAUCACCUAUAUGGAGGAGCGUGCAUUUUGUCCCAAUUUUUUCAAAACUGCUACAGAUAUUGCCUCUGAAGUUCUCCAGACCCCAGUGACUAUGGAAGACCUUGUCAGUCAAGUGUCCAUUUGGCUGUUACGCACUGACUUUUUGCUGGAGUUCCCUGCACCUGUGAUGCCCAACAUAUUCUUCAUUGGUGGGAUCAACUGCCACCAGGGAAAGUCACUUUCCAAGGUAUGCUAUCUCACCUUCAGCACAUGA